GUUUCAUUUUAUGGCCAAUUUAUUUGUCUGGUCUCAAAGUGACAAAAUACUUAUUUCUGAAUGUUCACUUUAUUUCACAGUGAGGCUUGACAGGCAAAAUGUAAAUAAAGUUAUUUUACUAAAGAAUUUGGAGGAAACCAUCAAAUUUUAAGUGUUUAUUAUAAAACUCCCUUAACAUAGUCUAGUUUUAGUUUGAUUCUUUUGUUUUGUAUUCGCAGCAACUUUUCAAUAUGAAUUAAAUAUAGUACGCAUGAAACACUUCUAUCUAUUUUCAGACUAUCUCUGGCAUAGAUCGUACCAUAUGCAUCUGAUGUUCUGUUAAAAGGUUUUUGAUAAAGCUUAGUUUAUUGUGUGAAUGGCCGUUUACGUCGAUCGCAAUAUAUUCCAUAUUGGCACUAGCUCAUACACGAAUGAUGUAUUUCAUGAUAUUCCAAAGGAAAUCUUCAAUUACCAGUCAAAAGAUCAUAAUAGCAAUUACUUCCUAGACAAUGCAAACACUAGUGUUGACGAUAAUUUUACAGCAAAAGGUACAAAUUAUUAUAGAGAAGUGAAAGAAUGGUUAAAUGAUGAUUUGUUUCAAGGUGGAGUUUUUGAUGGAAAGCGUAAUGCAUGGGGUUGUUAUCAAUGGGACAAUGGUGAAAAAUACUUUGGAACAUUUUUCAAUGAUAAAAAACAUGGUUACGGUUAUUAUGUAUGGCCUAAUGGAUCAAAUUAUUUGGGUACAUUUUAUCUUGAUAAAAGAUCAGGUUAUGGAAUUAUGAGAUAUUCAAAUGAUUCAAUGUAUGAGGGAUUCUUUUCAAAUGAUCAACGUUAUGGUCCUGGUAUAUUCAUAACAAUUACAUCAACUACAUAUGAAUUAAAUAUUGGUUAUUGGAAAAAUGAUCGUUUAAUUCGUUUAAAAAAAUCUGCAUUAAAUAAUCAAGCAUUUCAUUUUAUAAAACAAUUUCCACAAUAUAAUUUUUAUAAAUUAGUUAAUUUAGAAUUAAUGUUUCAAAAUAAUCAAUAUCAAAAAUCAAUAAAACAAGAUCAAUAUAAUUUAUUGAUUAAUGAACAAAUUUAUCAUUAUGAUCAAUAUAAUUUAAAUGAAUCAUUAUCAUUAUUAUUAUUGAAUAAUUCUUCGAUUAAUUCAACAGAAUUAUUAAUUCAAAUUAUACAAAAUAUAUUAAAACAAAGUAAUUUACCUAAAUCAUUUCAAGUAUGGAAUAUAAAGAGUCCAUUAUUUGAAAAAUUUAUUGCAGAUCAAAGUUUUAAACAUUUACUUCAUUGUAUACCAACACCUAUAGAAUCAUCACUUUUAAACUUGAACAAUUUACAAAAGAUAUCAGAAACCAUAGGAUCUAUUCAAAAUGAUUAUUCAAAAAUGUUCAAUUUAAAACGAGAUGAAUCUAAACAACAACAACAACAACAACAACAAUCGAAAACUUAUUCUAAACAAGAUUCUCUAUUUGAUUCACAAUUUAAACAAAAUCAAACAGUUUGUUUAGUUGAUAUGAGAUCAUAUAUAACACAAAUUGCUUAUUUACAAAAUUUUCUACGUAAAUCAUGUAAAACUAUUGAUUGGUACAAAUUAUCAAUGCAUCAUAUAAUUCAUGAUGUUACUAAUAAAGAACAUAAUCAUGACCUUGAAGAGGAUGAACAUGGAUGUCGUGGAUGA